GAGACACAAAACACACACACUCCGAGGGCUUCUCUCGAUCCGCCGGCCGAACCAACGCUUUGCUUCCAUUCACUGCUGCGCUCCGCUGCACGAGACGUCGUCCCGGCCAGACAAAUUAUAUCCUCGAUUUCAGGAAGGAGGCGUCAUGCUGUCGAUAAUUAUUGUGUGGAGUGGCGUGAAAAAUACCUUUCCCUCUGGCUGACCCCUGCUGGACAGGAGCGAGCGAGGCGCGUCAGGGUAUUAAAGUUUCUAAAUGGUGACAGUUGAGACGAGCUGCGUUUCCUGGAAAAUGAAUAUCCCAUUCUGGAUACUUUUCGUCUGCUGCGCUCUCAUCCAAGGCGCUCUUUCGCUGGUGGAGACGGUGCAGCUGGAUUUGGACACGGGGGUUGUGAGGGGCUACAGCAGACUAGUGCACUUCCUGUACGCGCCAUCGACAGGGUUCUCGGCUGACUGCAGCAAAAGUGCCGUUCUACGGGUCAAUUUCGAGCCGAAUCACCAAGCGGUCAAAAUCUCACUGCGUUACUCAAAGCCAAAAUCGUGGACCCUUCACAUUGCUGAUGGAUUCAGAGCUGAAGGAUACGGCCAAGGUGAGCCAGGAUCUCAUCUUGAACUUCAAGUGGUCAAUAGGCAACUUCGGGUGUACGGUCACUCGGGAGACCCUGAGCAAGGUCCACAUCAGGCGUCCUUCGUCAUCGCCGACGCUCCUCGGGUGUUGCUGAAGGCCCUGGAUGGAACCAUCAAAGUCAACGCCAAAGCCGACUUGUAUAUCAGCGCCGGCCCCACACCGAGCCUCACGUGGCAUGACGGCCGUCUUUUGCAGAGUCUGCCCGCAUCUUACAAACCUCUGCGGACUCUCUACCUCGGUCUCAACAGGGCUCUCGACGGACCUUGGUCGUCAGGGUCGGGACUGUGCGAAGUAAACAUUACCAUGAUGGAGAAGGAAGAUCAAUGUCUGGAAGACGGCGGUCCAAAGUGCAGUCAGCACGCAAUUUGCAGGCCGACGAGAAAAUCUCACCGCUGCGUUUGCAAAACUGGCUGGGACGGUGAUGGCGAAACAUGCUCAGAUGUGGAUGAGUGCCGUAUUAAAAACGGCGGAUGUGCCCACAUUUGCGUGAACACCCCUGGUUCUUAUUACUGCGAGUGUUACAAAGGAUUUGUGAGCGACUCGGAGGAUCCGCACAACUGCGUCGACCGGGACGAAUGUCGUGCAGAGGGUGCGCACAUCUGCAAGGACCAGCGGUGCGUCAAUACCGUCGGCUCCUUCCACUGCUCUUGCCACUCGCCCCUGUUCACCCUCGACACCAGCGAGGUCCGCUGUAAACCGGCGCCGAGUGCGUGCGUCGGUUUUGGCUGCGCCCACAGCUGCGAGUCGAGCCCACGCGGGUCCGCUUCCUGCUGGUGCCGUCGCCACCACUUUCUCAACCCCGACCUUCGCUCCUGCACCCCCACGUGCAGCGCCGGAAACGGCGGCUGUCAACACCGGUGCGUGGACACUGAAAACGGACCCACAUGCACCUGUGCCCUCAAGUACCUCCUCGGGCACGACCAGAAAAGCUGCAGAGCAUCCUGCUCUGUGAAUAAUGGCGGGUGUGAAAAGCUCUGCGCUAACACUGAUGUUGGCAGCGUGUGCAGUUGUCCCACCGGAUUUUUAUUGAACCGAGAUGGAAAAACCUGCAGAGAUGUUAAUGAAUGCACUGAGGAAGGCAAGUUACGGUGUCAGCACCGGUGUAUCAAUUCCCUUGGAAGCUUUGAGUGCGUCUGUAAUGAAGGGUUCAAAUUGAGCGCCGAUUGCAAAUCGUGCGAGGACUUGGAUGAGUGCGAAAUUCAAGGUGUGUGCGAUCAAAAGUGCAUCAACACGCACGGCUCCUUUUACUGCACAUGUGAACCUGGCUACCAGCUUUAUGGACACACGCAUUGCGCAGAUAUUGACGAGUGUUCGGUGGACAAUGGAGGAUGCCAGCAAAAGUGUGUAAACACACAAGGAAGUUUCUUUUGCACUUGUGAAUCAGGAUAUCGAUUACAUUUUAAUAAAAAGGACUGUGUUGAUUCAACGGUGUGCUUUGCCUUGAAACCAGCACCAAAAACUGAAUUGAGCUGUCUGAGGGAAAGUGCGGUGCACAAUUGCACUUUUCGGUGCCGGGAAAACGCAAGCGUUACUUCAGAUCUACCAAAGACACUUUUUUGCGGCCUCCACACCAAUUAUUUGUGGCAAUACGGCGAGAAAGUGACAAAGCAAAGCAACGACAUCCUCCUUAGUUGCUCAAAUGAUAUUCAUCCUCCGAGCUAUAUGACGCAAGCUAAAAUCCUAAUGGCCGGCACUAAAUGCAACCUGACCAACAUGAAUGGCACAAUUUCCGCCGCCAGCCAGUUUAUAGAUAGAUUCGCAGGAGAUAUUCGAUGUAUGAAGCCAAAUUGCAACCUGAGUGUGGUCUUGGCGACCUGCGAGUAUUCGCAGAAAGCGCUCUCCAAGGCCGACCUGAAAAAGGGCGAAGCCACAAGACUGACAAUUAAUAUUGUGAUGGCACCAAAAUCAAACGCUAAAAAACCAGAAAGCCCGAACAGCACCAGAGACAUGACUGACAAAGCUCUGAAGGCAAUGAUAGGUUGGUUCAGAAAAUUCGUCAACUCUGGGAAGUUCAAUGGGAGAAUUGCUGCAAAUGAUUUGAAAAUGGUCCCAAAGACUUUACGGUUGCAGAAAAACUUUCUCCAAGUGUGUCCUAAAGGUCUUGUUAAAGUGGACAAUAUUUGUGUUGGUUGCGGAGUUGGUUCAUAUUAUUCGGAAGAAGAUGAAAAAUGCCUGCCGUGUCCUCCAGGUACUUACCAGCUAAUGGAAGGUCAAGACAAGUGUGUUCCUUGCGAGGCAGACCUUAAGAGCAACCUUCACCCCGCAUGCAUAGGUAUAUGCCAAGCUGGGACCUUUUCAUCCGAUGGCCUCUUGCCCUGCCACCAGUGUCCUCAGGGCACAUAUCAACCUGAUAUCGGAAGGACAACUUGUAAAUCGUGCGGUUUGAAUGCAACCAGCAUUUUCACUGGGUCGUCAAAUUUUGAGCACUGCACCAUCAAAGAACCAUGUGAACUUGGCUAUCACCAUAACAUUUUCUCCGGGCAGUGCGAUCCGUGCCCUACCGGCUACUAUCAGGACCAAAAGGGUCAACCUUAUUGCAAAAAGUGCCCCGGAAACUCGACAACCGAUUUCGCCGCGUCUUCUGACGUCAGCGAUUGCAAAAACAUAGAAUGCGUGAGUUUCAUGGGCGAGCUGCAGGGCUACGUGCAGUCGCCAAAUUAUCCUGGAGACUAUCCAACCAACGUCGAGUGUGUCUGGAAUGUGAAACCUGGACCUGGCAGGAGGUUGCUGGUCAUUGUGCCCGGGCUCGACCUCGCCGACGACAAGUGCGGCGACAGGCUCGUCAUGAGAAAGUCAAAGUCUCCCUAUUCUGCCAUAACUUUCGACUCGUGCAAGAGUUUAAGUCGUCCCAUCGCAAUCACUUCGCGGACCAAAAAUUUGUGGAUCCAAUUUCAGUCGGACGGGAAUUUGACAGCCAAAGGCUUUAGAAUUCCAUUCGUAACUUACGAAGAGGGGUACCAGACAUUGAUCGAAGAUAUAGUGCAAGACAGUAGACUGUAUUCUUCUCACAACCACCUGGAGAUUCUAAAGGACCGAAAACUUUUGGACGCUCUGAUGGAAGUGAUUGCUCAGCCGUUCAACUACUACAAGUACGCCAACGAGCAGAACAAAAUGUUUCCAGCCUCUUUUAUCAGACUGAUGACACCCAAGGUCAGAAGGUUCUUCGAUUUGCACCAGUGACUUUCAAGUAUUGAUAGUGACUAAAUAAAUUUGAAACUUAUCUGUUUGUAUAAAAUUGACAUCAGCUCUGAUGGGCAAUCCUUGUGUAA